UCUGAUUCCAAUUUCCAUUGCCGCCAAACACCUCCCACUUCCCCGCUUCCCUAUAUAAACCCACUCCCGAAGUAGCCAUUCCAAAAUGUUCGAUCCCCAAACCCUUCCACCGUGAAAAGGCUUUCCCUCUUCUCCUCUCUUUAGUAGAGUAGAGCGACGAUGCAGCGCCAGAGAUCCAUCCUCUCCUUCCUCCGCAGGCCCUCGUCGGAGACGGAGAGAUCCCACGGCGGAGCUUCUCCGAAUCCUGAUCCCAUCCACCGCCGGAAUCCGCCGCCGGUGGACUCCGUAGCGGAGAAGCCGCUCCGCGAUGCGUUCCCCGAGAUCCGAGGGACCGAUACGCCGCCGGAGAAGUUGCGCCGGCCAUUUUUCCCGGCGAACAAUGGCGGAGGCGGUGGAGCUCGGCCGAUCUCGAGCAUCAUGCAGAAGUUUGCUAGAGGAAACAGAUCGGAGAGCUCGAUCAAGGGAAACAAAGAGGCCUCUGGUUCCUUGAAUUUUGACACCAGGCCUCUUGGUGAGAGCAGUGAAUGUGUAAAAACUGAAACUCCUUUGACAGAACGUUCAAAGACGUUCAUUACGGUGUCUUCCACUGACUUCAAUGGAGAAGGUCCUCUGCAAUUUGAUCUCGAUGCAGAUAAUUUGGGCCCAGAAACCCCAGCUAUGCGGCCGCGUGUUCCUCGUUUCAAGCGGGUUCAAGAAGAUUGCCUUGACAUGAACAAUAAGCAGGGCUCUCCCUCUCUAUGUUCUAGCAAAAGGGCGAAGUCACUUCAUGAUUCUCUAAUUGAAAAGAAGGCUCAAAGUGAAGCUUCUGAAAGUGUAAGCAGCAAAUUUGAGUGGCUCAAUCCUUCCAGAAUUAGAGAUGCAAAUGGAAGGCGAGCAGACGACCCAUUUUAUGACAAGAGAACUCUAUACAUUCCACCUGAUGCAUUGAAAAAGAUGUCAGCAUCUCAAAAGCAGUAUUGGAGCGAGAAAUGCAAAUACAUGGAUGUUGUCCUCUUUUUCAAAGUAGGUAAAUUUUAUGAGCUGUAUGAGCUAGAUGCUGAGAUUGGCCAGAAAGAGCUUGACUGGAAAAUGACUAUUAGUGGUGUGGGCAAAUGCAGACAGGUUGGUAUUUCUGAAGCAGGCAUUGAUGAAGCUGUUCAGAAGCUUAUAGCUCGAGGGUAUAAAGUUGGAAGAAUUGAGCAGCUAGAGACCUCUGACCAGGCCAAAGCUAGAGGACCAAAUUCUGUUAUACAGAGGAAGUUAGUUCAUGUAUCCACACCAUCAACUUUGGUUGAUGGCAGCGUGGGACCAGAUGCCGUCCACCUUCUUGCUCUAAAAGAGGGAAAUAGGGUUUCUGAGAAAGGUUCAACUGAAUAUGGAUUUGCUUUUCUGGAUCAUGCUUCUCUGAAAUUUUGGGUUGGCUCCAUCUUUGAUGAUGAUUCUUGUGCAGCUAUAGGUGCUUUGCUGAUGCAAGUUUCUCCAAGAGAAGUAAUCUAUGAAAGUUCAGGGCUUUCUAAAGAAACUCACAUGGCACUCACUAAAUAUGCUUCAGCAGGUUCCGUUAAGAUGCAACUGACACCACUACCUAGCGCAGAUUUCUUGGAAGCCGCUGAAGUUCGAAAGUUGAUACAUACUAAAGGGUAUUUUAGAGCAUUGUCAGACUCAUGGUUUUCAGCUCUUGAUUCUUUGGGGAAUCAUGACCUUGUUAUGUCUGCUCUUGGUGGACUAGUUGGCCACCUGUCCAGGCUUAUGCUAGAUGAUGCUCUUAGGAAUGGCGAACUUUCCCCUUACCACAUCUACAAAAGCUGCCUAAGAAUGGAUGGUCAAACUCUUGUGAAUCUUGAAAUUUUCCACAAUAACAUUGAUGGUGGCUUAUCCGGUACGUUGUACAAACAUCUUGAUCAUUGUAUAACUGCAUCUGGUAAACGGCUUUUGAGAAGGUGGAUCUGCCAUCCGCUAAAGGACAUUGACGAUAUCAACGAUAGGCUUAAUAUUGUCGAGGGAUUCAUAAAAAAUUCAGGUUUAGUCUCUAUUGUUGUUCAGCAUCUUCGUAGGAUUCCAGACCUUGAGAGACUGUUAGGGCGAGUUAAGUCUACUGUUGGUUCAUCAUCAGCUCUCCUCUUGCCUUUGAUUGGAGAUAGAGUAUUAAAACAACGGGUGAAAACAUUCGGGUCUCUUGUCAAAGGUCUUCGAAUUGGAAUAGACUUGCUGAAUAUUUUGCAGAAAGAAGAUCAUGAAAUCUUAUCACUAUCAAAAGUUGUCAAUCUUCAAACCCUUAGCAGUCUGUGCGAACUAGUGCAUCAGUUUGAAGUAGCUUUGGAUGAUGACUUUCCUCAAUACCAGGAUCAUGUUGUGAAAGAUUCGGAUGCUGACACUUUAGCUGUUUUAGUCGAUCUCUUCAUUGGAAAGGCUACUGAAUGGUCAAAGGUCAUUGACGUGCUCAACUGCAUGGAUGUGCUUCAGUCCUUUGCAUCAACCACGAUUUCUUCACACUGCUCUAUGAGCAGGCCAAUUUUUCUUUGUAGUAAUUCAUAUUCGAUGAAAUCAAACCAAGAAGAUAAAGGACCCAUACUUCGAAUGAAAGGUCUGUGGCAUCCAUAUGCCAUCGCAGAAUGUGAGAAUGGGUUAGUUCCCAACGACAUCUCUCUUGGUGAGGAUUCAACUGGCCAAAAUCUUUCCGCUUUGCUGCUGACUGGACCAAAUAUGGGUGGGAAAUCAACUUUGAUGCGUGCCACCUGUCUAUCUGUUAUUUUGGCACAGCUGGGUUGUUAUGUGCCUUGCGAAUCCUGUGUUCUGUCACCUGCCGAUAUUAUCUUCACAAGGCUUGGUGCAACUGAUAGAAUCAUGUCUGGUGAAAGUACUUUUUUUGUUGAGUGUGCUGAGACAGCAUCAGUCCUUAGAAAUGCUACUCGAGAUUCUCUCGUGUUGCUCGAUGAGCUUGGUAGAGGAACAAGCACAUUUGAUGGAUAUGCCAUUGCUUAUGCUGUAUUUCGCCAUCUUGUGGAAAGGGUAUGCUGCCGCUUGCUUUUCGCUACCCACUACCAUCCCCUCACAAAAGAAUUUGCUUCGCAUCCUCACGUGAGCUUGCAACACAUGGCCUACACCUUCAUGCCAAAAAAUGGAAGCUCUUUUAACGGUGACAGGGAAUUAAUCUUUCUCUAUCGGCUUGCUCAUGGAGCCUGCUCAGAGAGCUAUGGCUUGCAAGUUGCCCAAAUGGCAGGGAUUCCAAAAAUAAUUGUCGAAGCUGCUUCAAAGUCUGGCCAAAAUAUGAGACUAAAGAUCUCUGACAAUUUCAAGUCGAGCGAAGGGAGAUCAGAGUUUUCAACCCUUCAUGAAGAGUGGCUAAAGACGCUUCUGGGUGUUUCAGGGAUUAAUGAAGCAUGCUGGGAUGAGGAUGCUUCUGAUACCUUGCUUUGUCUGUGGCAUGAACUUAAGAGCCAAUAUAGAUCAGUUAAAUGAGGAUAAGAAAGUUAUUUUGUAAAUUUUGAUGUGGAAAACUCUUUUUGAGUUGCAAAUUUUGAAUAGAUCCUUGUGAUCCAGAUUUGAGAAGUGCAAUCAUAUUAUCCACCUGUAUAUAUAUUGAGCAAAGAUGUGCUAUAAUACUAUGUUCUUUUUUA